AAAUUAUUCUCUGAUGAAGUUGAUAUUAAAAGUUAGUAAUAUUUGAAUGGAUUAUUAAGAAUAAAAGAAGUAUAAGUGAUUGGUAUUUUAUUGAGUGGGUUUUCAUUCUCUUGAUGAUCUGUGAAUAAAAUUAGAAUAAAUCAUUAAAAAAUAUUAAAUAUCUUAUCAAGUAUUUAUUAAAAACCUAGUUAAUAAUUUUUUACUAAUCUUUUUAUUGUUUAGUUUGACAAAAAAGAGCUGCGAUCAUAACUACUAACAACAUUACUAACGUUUUACUAGUAAAAUGGAUUUUACUCAAUUUAACUAUUCUGCUAUUGAAGAUAGUGUUCCCAUAAGCUCAAAUAUAAAUGAAAAAGCGUCUCCAUUAGCAGAAGAAAAUGUUGUAGAUUUUAAUGUGGAAAAUAGUGGAGAUGAUAAAGUAAUGAUAGCUAUGGAGAAUCUUAACAGGUGUGGUAGUAGCAUUGCAGUUGAAAAUGCUAUGGUAAAAACUUUAAUAUUGAUUCCGCCAGUACUACAGGUCGAGGAAUCUCUACUAACUCUUGGUAGUCAUGGGAAUGUUGAUGGUAUAUUCCACUGCCUUUUAAUUAAAGUUGAUGCGUUAGGAAAAGAAAUGUAUCUAGCUAGAUAUUUUGAGUUUGGCAGUUUCACUGCAUACUUUGAAAAUGUUGCUCAUGCUAAACUGAAAAAAAAUCUGGAAAUCAAGGAAAUUCUUCCAUACCGUGUUUUCACCAUGAAGGAUGUUGAAAUGGAGAUUUUACUCAAAAAUGAAACCUUUAGAUACAGAACUAAAAGUAAUAGUAAAAGUCGUAUUCACAAAAGUAGAAGUUUUAAUCGUUUAAUAUAUGAUUGCAAGGGUGGGUUAAAUGAGAGUUUAAAAAAGUUAACAAUUGCAUUAGAUAAAAAUACAUCAUGCAUUUGUUACCAGUUAAUUACUGUUUGUCUUUUUAAAGACCAAUUUUGGGAAGUUACUAAUCAAGGAAGCAAAAAGUUUUUCGUUUGCCAACCUUCAGAAAAAGCUGAAGAGUUGGAAAAAAGUCUAAUGCUUUAUCGAAGUAAUCCUCAUGGAAACUCAAGCUAUGGAAAACUAUGGACUACAAUAUUAGAAUUUCCGACAUUAGAAAACCAAUUUAGUCUUCUAUCUGAUCUUCCCAACCAUCAUAAAUGGAUGUGGGAUAAACUUAUAAAGAUAUUGAGAUAUGAACAGAAGUUUUCAACGUCAUGUCGCUAUUUUCCAGGAUCACCUAGAAAUAGAAUUCUUCAGGCCUUAUUUUACCGGAAUAAUUCUAUUGACAUUAUCAAGUCGUGUUUAAAAAAUAUUUUUAACAUAAAAGAGCCAGUCAUGUAUCCAUCAAGUAAAGGAGACCUAGCUCAUAAAUCAACAAUUGCAAAAAAGAUUAAGUUGUCUUCUUUAGAUUACGUUGUUGACAAUUCUGAUAAUUCAUGUUGUGGGAAUAAAUUUCUUUCAAAAAAUAUUGACAUCUCUAAUUCAAAUAAUGAGGUUCAUUUAGUUCAGCAUUUAGGCAAAAAAAAUAGCCUCUAUGAGUACUUUUGUGGUGAGCUUUUCAGUCGUGGAAUUCUUAGUUGGCGUGUUCGUAGACCAUCUCUUAAUAUUUGUGUUAUGAAUAAUUACAGUCAGGAGAGUGGUAAUUUUCAAGAUAAAGAAUUUGUUCAUGUAAAAGCGGAAACCAUCAAUUCUUCUAAUAUUUAUAACUGUUCCUGUAAAACUUUUUCAACUGUUAUUUAUUUUCAAUCAGAUGAUAUGUCAAAUGUGAAUAAUUGUUGUCAUUGUCGAUUAUUACACCAGCUACUUCAAAUGUUAGAUAACCCAGAUUUUGUGCCAGAAAUUAGUUUAAUAAACAGGAAAAAACUGGUAGAAAGUUUAUUAUGUCUAGCAUCAAAUGUUUUUAAGUUAGCUUCAAAAUCUGGCGUAGAAAGAUAUUCAGUAGUAUCUGAUUCAUGCACAUUUAUUACAGUUUUCGAACUUAGUAAAUCGUUGAGAAAAGUAGUAAAGUGUCAUGAUUCGUUAUGUCGAAUAUCUGAAGGAUCCACUCGACAAGUUAACAAUCUAGACAAUGGUUUUGUGUGUUCACACCUGAAAGUUUUUAGAGAGUAUUUUUAUCUUAUUCAAAAUACAACUGAUUGGAUAAGUAAUGACCAAGAUGAAUUUACACCAGCAGAUGAGUCAGAAGUUCAACUACCAAAAGAAAAGUGGGAGGAUGUGUUUGAUGUAAAAUCCGGUUUGUGGACGUUUGGACUAAAUGCACCAAGUAAGAAGACUGUUUCCUGCGAUCAGUUUAGUCAUAAAUUUAGCAGUGAUAUUAUAAAAAGACAGUCUGCUACAAAUGGGUAUCCUUUUAUGCCUUCUACGGAUCUUGGAACCUGUGAAUGUGGUGCUGGGUGGGUAUCUGAAUCUUUUUCAACUGGAAUUACUGAGUUUUGUCAUAAAAUAAACAUGUACACUGAUCGUGAAGUGAUUGAGUUUGAUGUUUUUUUGCGCAAAUGUUUAUCAAAUAAUUGCACUGCUUAUUGGGAUGGAUGGGAAGACUCUGUUUUUUGUUUGUCUAAAUCAACAUGUGCUGGUUAUGAAUUAGGCUGGGAAUUUGUUGAUUUUGUCUUAUGCAAAGGAACAUUUAGUGGUUUUGUUAGUUUAUAUGUUAACAAAUAUAAGCGUAGAAAUACAUCUGCUCUGCCAUUCAUGUCAACACAGACGUUUAUAGAUUGGUUUUUUGCUUGGGCCUCCCACAUGCACAUUGAUUUCAGACAAAAAUGUCAAAUGUGUCCAGAAGAUCAAAUUAUAUCAGUUCUAGCUUGUGAUGCAACUAAAAUUGGAAUUAGUUUCAAAAAUUCCUUCGUAAAACCUAUUGAAACAGCUGAACUUAAUGAGAUUAUUCAAACACCAUCACGGCGAUUUGAUAGGUCAUUUAUAUAUAAUUCUGAAUUAUCUGAUCCUAAACGAUUUUCAGAUGCUAGAGCACAUCUUAAAAAGGUUUGUCUUCUUAUUCUUUCAGUUGAAAAUUCAGAUGAUAUUAGAUUUGAUGCUGAUACUCUAAAACUAAUCUCUAUACUUAUGAAUUAUAUUCCGGCUGAAUGUAUACCAUCAUUUCAACUGAUGGUUUCAGAAUUACCAGUGCCACAUGUUUUGCGGUGGUCCUACGCUAAAGUUUUUAAAGUACUUGCUGCUGAUAGCUCUCUUGACAGUUUAAUUCCUUUAUGUUUCACUGAUGAAAUACUUUCCAUAAGUGAACAAUUUUUAUCAAAUGUAGGUGAUUGUGAACUUUCAGCAAAGUUUUGUUAUCUGCUGCGUUGUUUUUCUCCUGCGUUAGCUAGAUUGGUAGAAUUAUCCUCUAACUACAACAAUACACCUUCUGGAGAUAUUGUUUUAUUAAAACAUUAUUGUUGUAAUUUUGUUAAAAAAAUUCAUUUUGUUGAUGUGCAACCACAAAAUGCUGAAGUCAUUAAGGAUACUUAUAACCCACCAAGAUUUGGGAGAGCUUAUUAUUUUGAAAAACAUGGUUGUCAAAUUAGAAAAAUGAGAAUGUUUUCUGUUGAUAAAAGUUCCAAUAAUAAUUUGUUUGAUGAUAUUCCUUCUGAAAUUUGUAAUAAGUUGUUUCCUCAAGUCUCAAAAAAAGGUGUAUCAUUUCUUUUUUUAUGGUUUUGUCCUAUGCAUGGCCAUUGCUAUGGUUUUCAUAUAAUACCAGGAUCAGAAGGAAGAAAAGACCCACAUGCUUCGUUGUACACUCAUCUUGAAGUAGCUCCUAAAAAUAUAGUCUAUGAUUUUGCAUGUAGUUUAUCUGAAUUCUGCCACAACCGUGAAUCAGGAUAUUUUAAAGAUACUUCUUUUUUCCAUGAUGUGUUUCAUGGUUAUACACAUAAAUGUGCCGAUGUUUUUCGCUGCAAUCGCUUGGGUAGUUUUUAUCCAAUAAAUACUUCUAUAUGCGAGCAGUUCAAUAGUUUUUUACAAAAUAUUAAGUCAUCUGCUAAACUAAUGACGCAAACUCACUUUUGUUUCUACCUUCAGUUUUUCAUACAUAUUUGGAAUCAAAGGAAAAAAAAUCUCUUUGAAAAACGAUUGAUUAUGUCUGAGAAUACUAAAGAUUAAUAUUAAUUUACUGUUCUGGUUUUAUCUUUGAUGUUAUUUAAUAAACUUUCUUUUUACUUAUUUUAUAUUAAUACUUUUCCCUUACUUUUUGUUUAUAUGAACGACUAAUAUAUUUAUCUUCAUUUUGUUUGCAGACGGCACUUAUUUUGUUCUUUUAGUAGUGUCAACUCCUAAUUUGAAGUAAAGAACUUUUAAAUUUAACAGAACAAUUUAAGUCUAAUGAACUAUACCUAUAGUGAUAAAACUAAAUAUACACUUUUUCAUAGAAAAAGUUUUUCAUAGAAAGAUAUGCUGUUCCUUCAAAAAUACCUAGUCUAUGUAUUGAGAACUCAUAAAUAAAAGAGAGCACUUGUGUACCUUUUUAGGUGCAAUUCUUGAUGAAAAUUUUUCCUGGAGACAACCUUAGUAUAAAAAAGAAAAGAAUGUUUAAAAAAAUGUAUGCUUUUUUUUUUUUUAUUUAUUGGUACCAACGUAACCAAGAUGCAAAAAACUCAGUACACAAAAUCAUGCUAUAAAAAUAUCCUUAAAGGCUAUUUAGUAACCUAAAUAUAAAUAUUUUUUUUACUAAACAUUUACCACAUACUAAUUUUAAUGAACAAAUUUGAUUUAAAAAUUACACCUUUAAUAUUCUUUUAUUUAAUAUUUUUUUAUUUAUUUUUUUAAAAGCUAUUUUGCUUAAUAUAUUUUGAGGUUUUCUUUUAUUUUUGAUUCUAUUAUUCUAUUUAAAAUUGUAAUAAUUUGUAAUCUUGUUAUUGUAACUUCUCAAAAAGCCAAACUUUAUAAGAAACAUUUGUGAU